AUGACAGACCCUACAAUGGCAGAUCACAUGACCCGACUGAAACUCAAACUCUUGGAGAAGAAACUACAAAAUGAACGCGAGAACCUGGAGGAGACUGAUUCACCACUCUCUACAGCAAGAAGCAAUGAAGGACAUGAGGAUGCAUUACAAGGUGCACUGCGACGGAGGAAAGACCUGUUGCAGGAGCUUAGGGAGCAGCAGUUUUUGGAAGAACUUUCAAGGCCCCAGCUCUUGGCAGGAAGCCACUGUAAAAGCUACAGAACAGAACCUACAUACGUUUACCAGCCACCUCUUCCAGUUCCGCCAGCAGAGCCACCCAGGAUCAUCCAGCACACAGUACCUCAACAACCUGCAACCAUCAUCCAACAGUUACCUCAGCAGCCACCACUCAUCACACAGAUCCCUUCUCCCCAGCCACUCCCUGCCCCCCGCUCUGGAAGCAUUAAGGAAGACAUGGUGGAAAUGAUGCUAAUGCAGAAUGCUCAGAUGCACCAGAUCAUUAUGCAGAACAUGAUGCUGAAAGCUCUGCCGCCGAUGGCAUUCUCCCAGCCCACUGGGACCAGUGCUCCUGCUCUUCCGCACACUCAGCAGGAUCCACAGUUUGCUGCCCCAAUUGUUGUGAGAGCUGAAAGGCCAAGGCCCUCAACAGUACAUCACCAUCACCACUACUCUCCACAAGCAAUACACUCCAUUCCUGCACAGCUGCCACCUGCUGGCUACUCUGUUUGGCCCCCUGGGAUGCCAUCCAAUCUCUGGGGACAGACUGGAGGAUUCCCACCUACUGUGCAUCAUAUGACUGCUCCGGCUAGUACGUUCCCAGCAUUACAAACGAACCAAUGGACUUCUCCCCAGGCUGCCCCUGGGUUUGUAGACCCCUCAGGCCCAUAGCAAAGGUGACUCAUGAUGGUACCUGACCCCCACAGAAGUUGGCCAUCAUUUCACUGGAGUAAAUGUUCUUUAGGAUUCUUUCUUUAAAAUCUGGCUGAUGGGCAACCUGAUGUAGAAAUAGCUACAUCCCACUGGUGAAAGAAAUAGAAACUAUGGAAAUGCAAAAAUAAACUAUGGAAAUGCAAAAACUUAACAUGUACCUUUGGCCAGCUCACAGUCUCCACUGUCUAAUCUCACAGUGUUCAACUGUCUAAUCGGUCUCCUCUAAUCAUGUCUACCACUGAGCAGCUACAAAUAGCCACCACUUUUAGAAGAAAAUUUCAAAAUGUUUUCUUCUGC